CCCUGCUCUCGUCUCCCAUAAAUAGGCCCGCGCGAAAAAUUGGGUGCAAAAAAUCUGUACCACUACUACCGCCAAGCGAACCAACCAGAAAAGUGCAAAGCGCAGCGACCGACGCGUCCCGACCAGCUGCUGACGCGGCAGACACAGGGCACUAGGACAGCAGCCAAUAAUGGAGGCCGCGCUGAUGCACCAGACGGCGGCAACGGUGCCUGCGAGGUGGCGGUGCGUGGGGGACGCGUCGCGGGCUGGCCGCGGCCAGCAGCUAGCCGGCGUCGUCCGGCUCGGCGCGGCGCGGCGUGCAGCCAGCGGGGCUCUCCCUGUCCUCCGGGGCAGCAGGCUGCCGGGCCCCGUGCGGGCGCUCGUCUCCGAGUCCGAGUCCGAGGCCGCCGCCGAGCGGGCGGCGGAUGGCGCGGUGAGGCUGUUCGUGGGCCUCCCCGCGGACGCGGUGGUCUCCGACGGCCGCGGGGUGAGCCGCUCCAGGGCCGUCUCGGCGGCGCUGCGCGCGCUCAAGCUGCUCGGCGUCGACGGCGUGGAGCUGCCGGUGUCCUGGGCCGCCGUGCAGCCCGGGUCCGGGGCCUGGUUCGAGUGGGCCGGGUACCGCGCCGUCGCCGCCAUGGUCCGCGACGCGGGGCUCGACCUCCGCGUCUCGCUCCGCACCGACGGCGACGCGCUCCCCGAGUGGGUGGCCGACGCUGCCGCCGCCGACCCCGACGUGCUCUUCACGGACCGCUCCGGGCGCCGCCGCGUCGGGUGCAUCUCCUUCGCCGUCGACGAGCUCCCAGUGCUCGUCGGCAGGUCGCCGCUCCAGGCCUACGAGGCCUUCUUCCGCAGCUUCGCUGAGGAGUUCAACGACUUGUUGGGGUCAACAGUUACGGAUGUGACUGUCAGCCUGGGCCCUAACGGCGAGCUCCGGUACCCACCAUACCCGCCGGGGAACCAGGGCGCCGAUGGCUACGCCGGCAUCGGCGAGUUACAGUGCUACGACAAGUACAUGCUGGCCCGGCUGAAGCGGCACGCCGAGUUGUCGGGGCAGCCACUGUGGGGCCUGUCAGGCCCACACGACGGGCCGCGGUACGACGAGUCGCCGGAGACGUCCGCCUUCUUUAGGGAGCCGGGGGGCUCGUGGAAGUCGGCCUACGGCGAGUUCUUCCUGUCCUGGUACGCCGGGGAGCUGCUGGCGCACGGCGACCGCGUCCUGGCCGCGGCGUCCAGGGCGUUCGGCGGCAAGCCCGUCGAGCUGUCCGCCAAGGUGCCGCUCAUGCGCGGACCGAGCCCCGCCGACGCCACCGCGGGGCUCUACGGCGGGUACAGCCCGGUCGCGGAGAUGUUCGCGCGGCACAGGUGCGCGGUGAUCGCGUCCGGCGUGGAGGCGCGGCCGGACGCCGCGGCGGAGGGGCGCCUGGCCCGGGUCAAGGCCGCCUGCGCGGAGCACGGCGCGCGCCUCGCGGCGGAGAGCGCUCCUCUCUCCGUGGCGCGCGGCGGCGCCAGCGCCGGCUCACCGGGCGUCGUCUGGCUGUCCGCCGGGCGCACUCGGCCGUGCCAGUUCACGUACCAGCGGAUGGGCGCAGAGUUCUUCUCGCCGGGGCACUGGCCGCUGUUCGUGCAGUUCGUGCGCGCGCUGGAGUGCCCCGAGGAGGCCCAUGAGGACGACCUGCCGGUCAGCGCUGGCGGCGGCGAGCGGCUCACCGUACCGUCCGCGUCCGCCCCGACGAGCGAAGCCACAAGGACAAGGGAGGUGCAGACCGUGUGAAUGAAUGGCAAGGCAUCUGUCGCCUAUCCUUGAUGCAUAUAUAGGUUGAGCCGUAAAUUUGUGCUGCUAUGAAACGAUGAGUUGAUACUUGUAUUGUAUCACUGGG